GUUGGCAAUGCUUUUCAAUUGUCAGAAAAAAGAAAAUUGGAUUCACUCCAUUAGAAAUAACAUAAUGAAAGUUCAAGGAGCAACUUCUGAGGAACCCUCUGGCCAGGGCUCUUCGAGUGCAUCUGAUGUUGAGGUCGAAAAUGAUGGCAAGUUUUUGAAAGUCGCACCUUUGCUGAAACCGGUGGCCAAUAAUAUCUACUCCGGAUUUGGAUUGAAUUGGUAUAUGAUCUUCGUAAGGCGCUGUGGGCCUGAUAUUGCAAGAUUCUUCGUAAACCUAACCCAAGCCCAAUCGCUAGUUUGUGAUAUCUAUGCGAAUACCAAGCGCUACAUCCACUUAGCAAGCAAAUGGACCACCAUCCUGCUGAUGACCACAAGCCAGAGCUUCUGGCGCUAUCGUGACCGCUUCUCGAUGACCUCUAUUUUUAAGAAGCGUUCAAAGCGGAAGAGGUUGGCAGCCCCAAUUCCACCGAAGAAGAAACAGUUGAAAAAGGAAAAAAAGAAGGAAAGGAAAGAUAAACAUGGAUCUGUUAAACAAAAUUAGUUUAACGAACUGAGGUAUAAAACGUGUGUUGAGUUUUCACUAAAAAUUAAGCACUGAAAUCUUUCAACAAGUUAACAGAAGACGAUCAUUAGAAGUGCCUGGAGAUCUUGGAAAGAACUUUACCUUAAAGACUACAAGUACAUAAUAAGAACAUCAAGUUUAAAGAGGAGAUUCUUCUCGAAUUCGCAAAUAACAUUCUUCUUAAUAUUCCCGACAAUAUCUUCACAUUUGCUAU